GCAGCGCGAUGGCGGAGGAUGUCUCGAUGCCUAUGGGGCCCGGCACGUGCGCUCGCCACCCUGCUGCGCGCGACGACGGGCCUGAUGGCGGAUGGACCACGGGCGUCGCGCGCCGCCUGUUGACGGACAACCCAGGGGGGGCAGCCUGUCAGAUUGAAUAUUUCGGAGCCAGCGACGAGUACUUCGCUUGGCGGCUCAGCUGGCACAUGGCCACGCGCGAGAAUCUGAUCCCACGUGUCCUCCGAGUGCCAGUGUCGCGGCGCAGGCAUGUGGCGCCGCGGGCGGGCUGCCGGGCCCUUCGCACCCGCGCGGCAGAGCGACUGACGGCCCCCCAGGCAGCUAAGCGACACGUGGCAGCCCUAGCCAUGGACCCGGGGUGCCCUGAGCUGCCGAGAGACGUUGCUCAGGCGGCCAUCGACGAAGCGAGGAAGCGCCCCGCCGCCGCCGUGUCCAGCGAGGAUGACCUGGGGGUCUUCGCUGACGAGGAGGCGGAGAACGAGGCCUUCGAGGAGAUCGAGCGGGAACGGAAGGCCUUCUCCAGCAAGACGGAGGGCGCGAAGGUCUCGGCCAAGGGUGACUACAUGGCGAGAGUGCACAAGUUGAGAGAGAGAGGCCCGCGGAGACCCGCGGGCCGGCCGCCUCGCCGCGCGGCCCCGAUCGCGGUGCCCAAGAGGAAGGCGAAGUUGGGCGAGGUCGCGCAGGCGACGGGUCAGACGUUGGCUACCGCCGCUGCGGGCCCGAUUGGCGACGGCCGCGACAGCGCGGCUGGCGAGCGGGCCAUCCUGAAGACGCUCGCCAGCUACCUGCGCAAGAAGGACGACGACGACCCCUUGGACAGCGACGAGGAGCGGGUGCCUGGAGGCCGCCCCGCCGCUGCCCGACGCCUCGCCUAUAAGGAGAUCGGUGAGAGAUGCCCAGGUCGCCUUUCGGGGAAGGAGAUGGGGAACAUGACUCGGCUUCCUGGCCGACGGAGUGCUGGAGGUACUAGUAAGUUCCUCCUCCGAGCGUUGCGGCCAGCCUUUCCCCUGCGUGAGAUCGGGGAGGAACGUUGCCGAGAUUUGCGGACUCUUGCGGGGAGCGCCGAUUUGAUACUGUCUGGCAAGCCUUUGCACACGCUUGACUACACUUUCUGCAGGAUCAAGGCGCUGCAGGAAGCGGUGCGUGAUGGGCAUUCCAGGGCUGCGAAGCGGUUCGAGCUCACCCCGCCCGACAACGGAGGGCUGUGCCUGUCGGGCGAAGAGGGGGAGCUCGCGGCGGGCAUCGAGGCCGCCGAG